AGCGCGCGCAUCGAUAUUCAGUUGCAAUUUCCCUCCCAAGCAAGCAAGAAGCUUCACAUCAAUGGCGGAUCCAGAGUCAGCACUAACGGUAGCAGAAACCGAAAGCCACCUCACCUCUCUCAUCUACGAGAUUUCAAAUGAAGCACAAUCGGUGAUGGAGAACAUGCUUAAGAUGACAGCUGAAAUUAAUCAGAAUUCUGCAGUGAUAGAUGAAGAGGUGGAGAAAUGCAAAGGUUCUGCUCUCGAGAGGAAAAGAGCCUUAGAUGAAGAGAAGGAUCAUUUUCAGAAAGCUGCUUAUGCUGUUCUUGACAUGCUCAACAGAGAUUAAAACGCUCUACGCAGGUUGCCUGGAAGUGCUUGAAGUUGAAGAACUCUUAAUUCUGUAAAGUAAACAUGCUCUUCCUAAAUGACUUAUACCUCUGGGUUAUGCAAUAUGUUGUCAUGCAUUUGUAUGACUAUUAGAUACUUUCAUUCUCUAUAAUUGACAAGCUCUAAUGGAUCCAAGGUUUCCUGAAAUUCAGAUUAAAUGAAUUACAAUUUCAGUUCAUUUUUUUUUCCAA